ACUGUCGGCACGCUUGACUGCGGUACAGCUUGCACAGCACACUGCCCUGCACAGACGCGCAGAGACCAAAGGCCAAGGCUAACGGCGGAAUUGCCAUUUGUCUAGGUUACUCAGUAACUAGAUAAGCUUUUCUAUUUUGCCUGGCUUGGUUUAGUUUAGACCUGCUCGCAGCAGUUGAGUGCCGUCGAUUGUGGUCAGAGUGCGGUCUGACUCGAUUCUCCCCAGAAUGUUUCAAGCUCGCCCCCCAUACACCACACAUUUUUGAGACCAGCAGAACCCGGGGGAGUACAUGCAACUUACGAUGCGCAACAGGCCGGCAACCAUGGUUCGACCACAGCAGAUCUCCAAGCUGGUAGCGCCGCCAGUCCCCAACUACCAACGGCUCCUACCGAUUGGAGGCCCACGAUCUUGCAGUAGUAGCUUCAACCUUGCUCGAGUGCCGAGGUUUACCGUGAGGGCAUUCACGACAACACCACUCCGUCGCGAUCCUCAGCAAUUGAAUCCCCAGACCCUGGCAGCCAGCUCGACAAUACCCGAAACACAGCCUCUGCAAGAACCCAAACCCGACCGCUGGCGUCGCGGCUAUGUAUACGCAGCGAUAUUCCUGCUGGUCGGGACGAGUAUAGGCUCGCUCUUCCGACUUUCCGUCUCGCCGCCCCCCUUACCAGAACCUGGCACGAAAGAGGAUGAAUACAUCAUUUCUGACAUCCACGCGACAGCCGAGAGCCUACCCAUCGUGCAAGCUCUAUCAUCCGACCCGUCGUGGGAGUCGUGGCACGCCUAUGAGGAUAGAAGCCAGGGGCAACGGAACCCAAGCAUCACAUCAGGCCCGCUCCAAGGAUGUCGUGGUUUGGCAUAUCAGCGCAUAUUCUACAACAAGAACACGGGCGAGAUGACCAAUGUUGUAUAUUUUGGUGCUGCGCUCAGUGGAUUUCCAGGCGUGGCACACGGCGGCAUCCUGUCAACCAUACUGGACGAGAGCCUGGGCAGGUGUGCGAUUGCACGCUUUCCUGCGAAAACAGGCGUUACGGCAAGCCUAGAAGUUGCCUUCAAGAGACCCACACUGACCAAUGCGUUCUACGUGGUCAAGACGGAGCCAGUCAUCGCAGAAGAGGAUGAAGUGGUAGGUAAGGACGGCACAAAGAAGAGCGAUCGUAAGCUCCGAGUCCGAGGGUCCAUUGAGACAUUGGAAGGCAAGGUCUUGGUUGAAGCAAAGGCGCUUUUUGUCGUGCCCAAAACCGCCAAGCUUAACAGCAUAGGCGAAAGAUGGUAGGCGCAGGCCGGGGAGUGCCGCCACUUUGCUAUUGCUUAAACAUACGCUGUAGAAACAGAGAGACCUCGGUAUUCUGUAGAUAAAGGUCCAUGUACAGCUUUGUAUUAAUCCAUCCAUAUAUAUGGACUCAGACUUGUUCUUCAUCCAAAACGAUACUUAUCUUUCGCAUCCGCUAAGUUAGUAAUUACGGGGUGACCGAACAACGUAUGUUGUAAUUUUCCCCCUUUGACAUACAAGGCCUCGCCAUCCCAGUCUGUGACUGAGACUAUGCAUUAUUUCGGGUAGCACACAUUCAAGAUCUCGGUCAUACCUUGAGCCAAC